CAGCAGGGAACGAUGAAGAAAUCUCAAAUGCUCCUUCUGCUCUGUGUGUGGGCGCUCAGCAGCCUGUCCCUGCAAUCAGAGGUGACUGAACAGUGCCCAGGUAGGAUUCUGGGUAAUGAGAGGAGACGAAAAUGCCCUAAAAAGUGCCAGCUAGACAACAAUUGUGGCAGCAAGCGCCAGUGUUUAUGUGAUGGGGCAUGUGGACUCAGCUGCGUGGCUCCAGGUCGGACAUGUCCAUGGCCUCUUCCCAGUGGUGAACACUUCGAUGUGGAUCUCCUCUCACCAUCUCCUUCUUUCUCUGCUCUUCUGGAGGUGCGCUGUCACCCUGGUUACACCAUGGCCAAUGACCUGGAUGCUACUAUCCGCUGGUGUCAAGGUGACCAACAAUGGAGUGGUGAUGAUCCUGUGUGUACAGGUAAAAAUGCUGAAACAGAGCCUGAACUGUCUUGCCCUUUGCCUGAUCACAAGUUGCUGUUGAUUCAUGGCAGUGCUGCUGUAGGCUCCACCAUACAGUACCAGUGUGCUCCUGGAUCUGUGCUGGUUGGAAACAGUGAAAAUUUUUGUCACGAGAACCAGACAUGGCGUUACCCACACCCCAUCUGCCAACGUGUGUAUUGUCCACCACCACCAGAAGUCAAUCAGGGCCACUUGGUGGCCGUUCAGAAAUCUGAAUAUAACGUGGGCGACGCCAUCUAUUAUCUUUGCAAAAAGACCUUCCUACUGGAUGGGCCAAACCAAGUUACUUGUCAGUUAGAUGGUACAUGGAGCACAGUACCUUCCUGCCGAGCUCGCUGUCCAAUCCCUGCACAGUACAGCAGAGUGAUAGUAGGCGGGGUUAAAAGCUGGCCCUAUGACUUGACUGACGGGAUGGUCUUUCACGGUGAGAAUGUAACAUUCUUUUGCAAGCAUCCACAAAAGACUUGCAGUUACACAGCCACAGAGACCUGCUUCGAUGGACUGCUCCCUGCACCCAGCUGCUACCUCGACCCCACCUGGUUGCAGUAUAAGCUCUACUCUCACCGACUGGUAUCAGAGAUUAAUCCAUGUGAUCCUGCUGACCUGGACUUCAUGUCUGAGUGAAGUUCUCUUCCUGGCCCCCAAUCUAAAUAGAUGCCACUUCAUCACACAGGACUCAAACAUCUUGUUACCUGUUUCACCAGUUCUAAGGUGUAGAUUAUUUUACACAUUUUUUUUUUAAAUGCAAAGGAAUUGAAUGAUCAAAGCUCUUUCACUAUGCUGUGCUUCAUACAGGAGCAAAGGCCAGGAAUCAGGAUGCCUUUUAGGGUCCAGUGAAUAUAGUUCAUCGUUCACUUACAGGAACAUAAACAAUUUAUGAAACCAAUCAGAUUAUUUUGAUUAAAUAUGGAAUAUUUUCAGUUGAAAGAUAAAA